UGAGCGGUGGGGUAAGCGCGGUUGCGCCAUGCGCGCGGGGUAACGGCCGUUCAGCGGGUGACAGACUCGGGGGCUGAGGAGCCGUCGCCGCCUUCGGGCUCUUCCCUCACUCAGUCCCGCCCGGGCGCUCCGUAACUGUCGCCGGCCGCUCGGCCCCUGAGGCAAGUUGAUUUCAAAUGGCCACUUCUAGAAAGUACAGAGACUCAAUUCACCAACAAAACAACACACCAGAUUUAGACGACCAGAGAGGUUUUUACAUUGAAACAGAGUGGCAAACCCCGGUGCGUUCAGAAAGGGUGCAGCAUAGAAUCGAAAGGCGACCCAGCACAGCUGACAGUUGGGAUACCGCCUUAGGAACGUCUUGUUCUGAUAGCACAGACGAUUUCUGUAGCUCCAGUGGAAGUUCUUCAUUUAGACCCAUCAGGACACAGUCCAUUAUCCCUACUGCCCAUGUCAUGCCUUCCACCUCUGGUAAUUCACCGUCAAGGCUUCAUCCACCAGGUGAUCCAGGGUUCAGCUCUGCAUCUGUACAUCAGAGCUUUAACACAUCAGAUAUGAAGGACCAAAGGACUGUGAAGAAAUGGUCCUCCUUAUCCAAGCUGAAUGGGUUGGAUAUUAGUGAAAGAAUUAGUGGAGAAUCUUCUACUGAUGUUAGAACCUUGCCUGCAGAUAGUUUGAAUGUUUGCAGACCAACUUUGAAUGUACUUGACCAUUCAUCAAAUCCCAAUAUCGAACAUUUCAGAAUGGAAGAGAUUGCAAGGAAGUUUGAAGCACCUAACCUUGAACCAACCUUAAAUCAAUCAGAUUUCUUAGACACAUUUUAUGGUGAGCCAAAUCACAGGUUGCAGACUUGCAGCAAGGCUGAGAUACCGCAAGACGUCAAUGGCACUGGAACAAAAGACUGCUAUGAUUUCACUUACAAAUCUUUGCCCGAAAGUAAGGCUGUACCAAGCAACAGUGGUCUAUUAGGACAAAAGGCCUGUUUCCAACCUAAUAUUGGAGGCUCGACAACUGCUAGUCUCUAUGACUUUCAAACACAGCAAACUUCUGUGGGUCCAUCGUGGCUAAGGGAACAUGUUCACGGAAAGACUUUUGAUACCCGGCCUAAUGAAAGAUCACGUGACCUGACUGUAUGGCAGCAGCAGCAGUUUGAGGCCCUUAGACUACAAGUGGAGCACAUUCAGUUAUUGAAUGCUGGAUCUCAGCAGUUCCCAACUGCCCAAUCUGUCAUUCUACAUCAGGAACCUAACAAAUGGGACCCACUGAUUAAAGCAAAUGAGAGCAUAUUGAAAGAGAAGGAGUUGGUGAUUGAAAGGCAGAAGCAUCAGAUCUAUCAGCUGGAGCAGAAGAUGAGGAUGUCUGAGCUGCAGAUGCACAGCGCGAUGCUGGGACAUCCUGUUCCUCUCAGUGAUGUGUACAUGCUUCGGUUACAGGAAUCUUUACGAGAAAAUGUUUUCUUACGGGCUCAGUAUGCAGAACGGACAGAGGCCUUGGGUAACGAAAAAACAGAGAUGGAGAAAAAACUAGCAGCCGCUGAAGUAGAAGUACGGCGUAUGAAUGAGACACUGAAAGAAAAUUCACAGAAGUACAUGGAUGAGAUGAAGAAAAUGGAGGAGAAGGUUCGAGGCCGUGACAAGCACAUCAACAACCUGAAAAGGAAGUGUCAGAAAGAGGCAGAGCAGAACCGAGAGAAGCAGCAGAGAAUUGAAACCCUGGAGAGAUAUCUUGCAGACCUGCCAACUCUGGACGACUACCAAAAGCAGAGCCAGCAGGUAAAGGACUUGGAGCUGAAGAGUGACCAGCUGCAGAGCAUGGUCACGGAUCUGGAGACAAAUCUGGGGGAAGCUCGCGCUCUCUGCAGGGAAAAGGAGAGCCUGCUGGAGAAUCAGAAACAAAAUGAAGCACAGCUCAUUUCCACUGUACACAGUCUUCAGGAUAAGGUCUCCAAGUGUCUGGAAGAUGGGGCGAGAUUGCCAAUUCUAGAAGUAGAGAAACUGCAGUGUGAGAGUGACGGCUUGAAAGAGGACUAUGAGAGAGCCAAGAAGCUCAUAGAUAAACAACAGAAGAGAAUGGAGCUGCUGACCUCACAGAUACGGUCCCUGGAGGAUUGUGUGGCACAGGAAGAGGGGGCAAGCCAGGAUCUUCGAGAGGAGUUGUCAGGAAAGGAAAAUGGAUCACAACAACUGAGGAGAGCCAUGAAGGAGCUUUCUGCCCAGAAUCAGGAGCUGAUUGAGAAGAACCUAACCCUUCAGGAACAGCUGGGACAGAGCAGGGUGGGGCAGAGCACACAGUUGCCACCCAAAACCAUUCAGCUCACAGAGAAGCUGCACCGAGAGUUGGCCAAGUGUCUGUCGGACCUGCAGGCAAUCUGUAACGUCCUCGCACAGCGAGCACAAGGCAAGGAUCCCAACCUGUCCUUGCUGCUUGGAAUCCAGUCAAUACAUCACUUCAGCGCUGAAGAGGAGGAUUGGCAAAAUGUGGAUUUACUGAUCAAGAAGCUGGCUGAUGUCAAGCAGCUACACAGAGAGAUUGAUGAUUUAAGGACCACCAUAUCAGAUCGAUAUGCUCAGGACAUGGGAGACAACUGCAUAACACAAUGAAUGUGUGCAAUGUUGUUUGUAGGGAUUGGGGAAUUUAAAGUAUUGGGUCUUUAAUGUUUGUUUGUGUUGGACAAUCCAAUGAAAAAUGCCUUGAUUGAAACCAGUUCAUGAAAGAAGUUCAAAAACUUGCCACAAUGGUUAUCUUAUGACAGCUGAUAUUCUUGCUGUUAGGUGAGACCUGCAUCUCUUCUGAGGGCACUAGUCUGGCAGUAGCUUUCUGUAUUCCAGUGAAGUUUAGUAAAUUUCUCUACCGUGAAAGGAUAACAGCCUUGUUAAAAUACUCAAUUUUUUAACCAAAGCAACAAUGUUUAUCAGAACUUUUCCUGCAUAGCACUUAAGCCUGUUGUUUAUUUCUCUCUCAGGUACCACUAAAUAAAUUAUUUUACUUUCCUGAAACCCUGGAAUAUUUGGACAGGAAGGAAUCUUGCAGCACCCUAGAUGUAGAGCAUCCUCCUGAUCCCUGACUCCUUAUGGGAUGGUGCAAACACAUACUGGCAGUUCUGGCCAGGAGCUGCUUCUACAUUAACAAUGAUAUUUAUGAUACCGAAACUAGCGGAUACCUGGCCCUCUGUUAGUGCUUGUUCCUUGUCACAUAUCAACAUGAAACUUGAACUUGACCAGGUCUAAUUAUGAAGCUGAUGCACGUGCACCUUAGGACCUAGUGGGUUAUCAAUAAACUUUCAGCAAUAAUCCCAGGUCUUAUUCUGACUUGAUUGUCACUAGCAGUUCUUUUGCUACCAAAGAAGUGGAAUCCAAUAAAUUGGACCUUCGUAACUGGAAUGACUUAGUUCAGAGUUAAUGUUGGAGGUUUUAGCAAUGCUUUCUUCACCUGCACUGGUGGUGUGUAUAUUGUCCUAAAUGGCCAAAGUUUACAUGCCUUGACCCUUUCUUACAAUCUGAAAUAAAGACAAGUUGAAUGAGUUGCUUGUGCAGGUAUGUCCUUAUGCUUGACUCCAAUGUAAAGUGCUCUGUCUGGUCACUCAGGGCAGGACUGUCUCGCAUCAAACUAAUUUCAUCUCAAGGUUAUUACAGUAUCUGAGCCCGAAAUUGCAUAGCAUUAAAUUGAGGAAUAACAACAGAACUUUUGAGGUUCACUAAAUGUUUGCAGUAAAAGUUGGCUCAACCUACUGAGCUAGAGCAGCAAUGUAAUGUUUUUAAUUGUUGUCUCAAAUUUGGGUGGGGUGGUUGGCAAUUUAAACUUAAUAAUGUGCCAACAGUGGACACCCACAGUAAGUCCAUCAGCAAGAAAGGGGUUAACGUUGGACUGGCCCUUCAGUAUUUGGUGAAGAAACAUAAAACGUUAACCUAAUUUCUCUUAAAGCUGCUGACUAACCUGCUGUGGAUUUCCAGCAAAUGUAGUUUUUAUUUUUUUAUUCAGCUCAAUAUUGAUCUGAAACAAUGGAAUGUGGACUCUCAGCAUUUCCUGAUAAUUGAGUAACUUUCNUUUUUUUAGAAAUAGCAGCACUUGACUCCGUUUUAUUGUUCUGGGGUUUAACUGGACCACCUAGAUUGUAUAGAGGAUAUUGUGCCUAAGGUGGGUUUUGAUAUCGGUGUUAUUUCCUUAAUGUGAGUUCUUCUGAGUGAAAGUAACCCAGAAAAGUGUGCCUCCUGUUGCAGGUUUGUAUUCUGCAUCUAAUCCUUUGGAAAACUUGUUUAAAAGGGCAGUAUUUUAGUGAGCACUGUCAGUCAUGUGAGCCAUAAAUUAUACAUCUCCGCUGGAAAACACCACAAGUGGAGUUUGCUGUUGCAGAUAACUUUAUUAUAAUCUCACGGAUGAAUAAGGGUACAUAAGGUUUGAGAUGUACCCUAGAUCUGAUAUUUAAAAGUAUAACAGUGCUAAUUUGCAGAGUCAAUUUGUUACAGCCUCUGCACAGGCCAAGUUUUGUGACUUACAGAAAUUUGAGAUUUGGUGCAAAACUGGCCAGUUUCUGAACUUCUGCCAAACUGAAGUUUGAUUUUUUUUUCAUAAUGAAAAAUAUGGAGAUUUCAGGAUUUACUGAAUAAUUCAAAUGUGUUAGUAUUUUAAAACGACUGACCCUCGGUGUGCGUGUUCUAUGCAGACAGUUACAGCUCAGGGAGGAGGAUUUCCUCUGUUUUUACGUCCAUUUGGAUGACUCAUGAGGUUAAUCUUGCAGGAGUUGCCUUGAGAAGGACAAUGGUUUAUACUAAUUUUAUUAAAAGUUUUUUUUGUAAGUUUUGAUGUCAAUUAUUUAUAUCAGAUUCAUACUUGUAUUUUCAUCUUGUAAUUAUCUUUGUAUUUGCAAAUAAAGAUUUUUUUAUUUGUAUUUAAAAUAA